AUGCCCCCCAAGAACAAGGGCAAGAAGGGAAAGAAGGGAGGUGACGACGACGACGCUUUCUGGGCCGCCAAGGAGAAGGAGCUCGAGGCCAAAAUGGCUACUCCCGACGAGGACAACGAGGCGGGUGGUGGCGGUGCCUUUGACGCCCUCGACGAGGACGACGAGUUCGGUGGAGGUGGCCUCAUGGCUGCCAUCGCCGCGGCCAAGAACAAAAAGAAGGACAAGAAGAAGAAGAAGCAGUCCGCUUUUGCCGAUCUCGACAUGGACGACGAGGAGGGAUUCGACUCGAAGGAGCCCGAGCGCGCCAACCUCGACGAUGAGUGGCCUGAGGACGAUGUUAAGCCUAAGAAGGGCAAGAAGGGAAAGAAGUCCAAGAAGGCUGUCGAGUCUGAGGACGAGGCCGAGCCCGUGGAGGAGCCGGAGGCUCCCAAGGAGGCUGAGCGUGCGAACCUCGACGACGAGUGGCCCGAGGAGGACCUGAAGCCCAAGAAGGGCAAGAAGGGAAAGAAGGGCAAGAAGCAGGCCGUCGAGGAGGACGACGACGAUUUCCUCGAGAAGGCCGCUGCCGAGGCUGCCGCUGCCCGCGCCGCCGCCGAGGCUGCCAAGCCCAAGGACGAGCCCUCCCCGGCCGCCGAUGAGCCCGAGGAGGAGGAGACUGGCGGCACCAGGAUCCUCUCCAAGAAGGAGAAGGAGAAGUUGAAGAAGGAGAAGGAGAAGGCUAAGAAGAAGGCGCAGGCGGCCAAGAAGAAGGCCGCCGCUGCCGACGAGAAGAAGGCCGCCGCUGCCGACGAGGCUGACUCUGGAGCCGCUACUCCUGAGCCUUCCACUCCCGCGCCCGAGGCCGCCGAGGAGGAGGCCGCCGACGAGCCGGCUUCGUCAGCCGCGGACAAGAAGAAGAAGAAGAAGAAGGGUGCCGCCAAGGCCGAGCCCGAGCCGGCCAAGCGCAAGAAGGUGUCAGCGCACAUUCUCGCGAUGCAAAAGGCGAUGGAGGAGAAGAAGCGUCUCGAGGAGGAGGCCCGUCGCGCCGAGGAGGAGCGCCAGCGUCAGAUCGAGGAGGAGGAGCGCGCCGCCGCCGAGGAGGAGGCCCGUAUCCAGGCCGCCGAGGACGCGAAGAAGGAGAAGGAGCGGCUAAAGAAGGAGAAGGCCAAGGCCGAGGGUCGUCUUCUGACGCCCGCCCAGAAGCGUGAGCGUGCUGCCGCCGAGGCGCGUAAGCAGGCUCUGCUCGCGUCCGGCGUCAAGAUUGCCGCGCUCGAGGGUGGUGCCCCCGCCGCCAAGCGCCCCUUCAACAAGAAGAAGGGCGGAAAGGGCCCGCAGGCUAAGACCCCCAGCCAGCCUUCUACCCCCGCUCCUUCUACUCCUGCUCCCUCCUCGCCCAAGGUCGAGGCGACGAAGCCGGAGGAGAAGAAGGACGAUGACGAGGACGACUGGGACAAGUCGGACGACGAGGUUGCGGACGUUGCCGCCGGCGUCAAGGACCUGAAGGUCGACGACAAGAAGGAGGAGUCGGAGGACGACUGGGACAAGUCGAGCGAGGACGAGGCCCCGCCGCCGCCCAAGCCCGCCGCGAAGGAGGCGGCCAAGCCGGCUGCUAAGCCCGCCGCGAAGGCUGCCCCGGCCAAGCCCGCCGGCAAGGCCGCUCCUGCCAAGGCCGCUGCCAACGGCAAGAAGCCCGCUCAGGAGGAGUCCGAGUCCGAGUCUGAGGAGGACUCUGAGGAGGACUCGGAUGAGGACAGCGACGAGGACUCUGACGACGACUCGGACGAGGACUCGGACGACUCUUCCGAGGACGAGGUCGAGCAGGCCAAGGAGCGUGCGCGUGUCGCCAUUGCCGCCCGUCGCAAGGCGGCCGAGGCCGCACAAGACAAGACUGACCUCCGUUCUCCUAUCUGUUGUAUUCUCGGACACGUCGAUACCGGAAAGACCAAGCUGCUUGACAAGAUCCGUCAGACUUCCGUCCAGGAGGGCGAGGCUGGUGGUAUCACGCAGCAGAUCGGUGCCACCUUCUUCCCGAAGGAGGCGCUCGUCGAGAAGACGCAGGUCGUCAACAAGAACAACGAGGUGCAGGUCAACAUUCCCGGUCUGCUCAUCAUUGACACGCCCGGACACGAGUCGUUCACCAACCUGCGUUCGCGUGGUUCCUCGCUGUGUAACAUUGCCAUUCUCGUCAUUGACAUUACGCACGGUCUCGAGCCCCAAACCAUCGAGUCGCUCAACCUGCUCAAGAUGCGCAAGACCCCCUUCAUCGUCGCGCUCAACAAGAUUGACAAGCUCGACUCGACCGAGUGGAAGACGCACCCCGACGCCGGCUUCCGCGAGACCCUCGCUGCGCAGUCCAAGCGUAUGCAGCGCAUGUUCGCCGACCGCGUUCAGUACAUCAAGGGUAUUCUCAUGGAGCAGGGCCUCAACUCGGAGCUCUACGACGAGAACCCCCAGCCUGGACGUAUCGUCUCCAUCGUCCCCACCUCCGCCGUUACCGGUGAGGGUGUCCCUGACCUGCUUGCGCUCCUCGUCAAGCUCACCCAGGACCGUAUGACUGGUUCGCUCAUGUACCUCUCCGAGGCUGAGGCGACCAUUCUCGAGGUCAAGGUCAUUGAGGGUCUCGGUACCACCAUCGAUAUUGUCCUCGUUAACGGUGUCCUGCGCGAGGGCGACAAGAUUGUGCUCUGUGGCAUGAACGGACCGAUCGUCACCAACGUCCGUGCGCUCCUGACGCCGCAGCCGAUGCGCGAACUGCGUAUCAAGUCGGCCUACGUGCACCACAAGGAGGUCAAGGCGGCGCUCGGUGUCAAGAUCGCGGCCCCGGGUCUCGAGAAGGCCAUCGCCGGUGCGCGCAUGUUCGUCGCCAAGAACGACGACGAGGUCGAGUACUACAAGGACCUCGCCAUGGACGACCUCACCUCGCUCGACAAGUUUGUCCAGAAGUCGGGCCGCGGUGUCUUCGUCCAGGCCUCGACGCUUGGUUCGCUCGAGGCCCUGCUCGUGUUCCUCAAGGACAUGAACAUUCCCGUCUUCGAGUUCGGCCUCGGACCCGUCUACAAGUCGGCCGUGAUCCGCGCCGGUCUCAUGCUCGACCGUGCGCCCGAGUACGCCGUCAUGCUCUGCUUCGAUGUUCCCGUGACCUUUGAGGCUGAGGAGCAGGCCAAGCGUGAGGGUGUCAAGAUCUUCUCCGCCAUGAUUAUUUACCACCUCUUCGACGCCUUCAAGAAGCACAUGGAGGAGGUCAAGGAGGCCCGUCAGAAGGAGGCCGCGCCCAACGCAGUCUGGCCUUGCAAGCUUAAAAUCUUGAAGCCAUUCGCUACGCGAGACCCCCUGAUCCUUGGAUGUGACCUUGUCGAUGGAGCGACUGUGCGCGUUGGAACGCCUGUUGGAGUCGUGCGCGUCGACAAGGAGAAGGGCACACGUGACAUUAUUCCGCUCGGAAAAAUCACGGGCCUGGAGAUCAACCACAAGACUUUCCAGGUGGUCAAGCGGAACCAAAUUGGAGCUGGUGUCGCCGUCAAGAUUGAACGUGCUUCGCAUCAAGCAGCUCGCACGUUUGGCCGGCACUUCUCCGAGCAUGACCUCGUCGUUUCUCUCAUCUCGCGUCAGAGCUUGGACACGCUGAAAUCGAAUUUCAGAAAUGAAACAUCUGUGAAGAGUGCAGUGACCGUAUUUUCUUCCCUUCUCCGUCGAUCCGUCGAACCAGCUAUCCCAUACGGCACUGUUACGAACAGUACCAGAAUGUGCGUUGUAGACAAGGCCUGGGCGGCCGUCAGCGAAGCGUUCGCACCCACCCAGCCGCUCUCCGGGUACGCCAACCCCGCGUACAGCAUGACUGCUCCCAAGACUACGCAGCUCGAGCGCGUCGAGAUCAUCGAGCUCAGCAUCAAGGAGUUCUUCACUCCGAGCGGAUUGACAUGGAAGGGUAAUGACAAUCCGUUCAUGAUGGCCCUCUACACCUUCCUCGGAGUCAAGGUAUUCAAGAACGCCGCGAAUCUCGCAGAGAUCCGCACUCUGUUCCACCGAGAUCUACCAAACACCAGGUACAAGCCCUUGAGUGAGGAUGAGAAGGAGGUGGUGGUCGCGGCGGAGAAGAUGCUGAGUGAGCAGCAGACGAGAUCGGGUUUGCUCAUAAGCAGAGGCAAGCCGCAUGUCGUGCAGCCGCCGAGGUCUACGCAACUCUGCCGAGAUGAUCGAGGUGUCCGUGAACUGUCUCGACGAGUUCCUGAACCGGGACAGGAAGCGCCUGCAGUCGGAGGCGGGCAAGGCAACCGGCCAGCAGGGCACAAGCGGGACCCCGAAGAAGGUGAGGGGUCGUACGCUAUUUGUGGACUUCCUUGGGUUCUCGUGCUAGUGUGGGCUGGUGGUACGUACUCCGUACUCGAAAACGAGAUCAAGGUGUCAAACAAAGGUGUGACGUCUUAUAAGACGCGCUCCGCUGCGAGGAAGGUCAUCCGUGACUACCAGGAGGACAUUGUGAAGGGCAAGCUCGUGCUCAACGACGACGGCUUCGUCGAGUACAACGAGGCACCGAAGUACAACGCGAUGCUUCGAGGUGGUCAAACGGCGGACGUUGAGGAAUGGAUUGUUCAGGCCUGCGAGACCAGUACAAUCUGGUGCUCGGCCGCGCAGAGUUCGGCGACGUCCAAGUCCGCCGAACCUUCCGCUCUUCUUUGUGAACUCGGGUUCAAGGGCACGAGGAGUCAAGUCUUGGGCGUGGCUACAAGGUACUGCGAAGCCGAGAUGGCCAAGUGCCAUCAGGCAGAGCAGAAGUCAGGCUGGCGCUGGACCGAGGCCAAGCACAGCACGGUAGCCAAGGGGACGAUCUGGAACAACCUCGCCAGCGCGCUUCCGACCCAUCGGCCUGCUGCUAUCAUGCUGCACCUCCGUCACGACCACGUUAAGGAGAUUAUCCGCAAAAUCAUGCGCCAGCAGCUUCUGGGAUGGAGCUGGGGGCGUCUGGAGUUUGAAGCCGCUCGCGCGCGUGAAGAGAAGGGUGACAACAUCACCGGCCUCACUCUCAUCGUCCAUUUUAUCGGUGUGUCAAGCCUGCUUGACGACGUCUACAUGUGCAUCAUCAACGAGGAAGAGGACGGAAGCAUCCGUCACGACACAAAAAGGCGCAUCGGCCAGGUUCUGAGGGACGGCGAGCGCGUGCUCGAGUUGCAAGACUGGAUUGCGGAUGCAACCGAGCCCGUGGACCUCGAAGAGCAACUGCAGGUCGUCCUCGGUAAGGGUCGCUUUGCAGGUGCCGGAAUUGCGAGCGCCUUCUCGUCUGCUUUGUGUAAGGAGUGGAAAGUGUCCCGCCAACUGCUCUUCAGCUUCGCGAGGAAACUCGCCUACAGGACUCGCGCGCGCGCCGAACGACACGACGCGCUGCUGCCGAAGUACUGGACUUCGGCGGAGAAGGACACGGUUGCAGAGAGCCUUGCCAACCUCGAAAGCUUUGACUGGAAGGCCGUCUCGGCGGCAGUGAAAACUCGUACGCCCGGCGCGAUCGAGAAGCACGUUCUCAAGGCGAAAGCGAAGGUGCGCAAGGACAUGGCGACACGUAUGCGCCGUGCUUCCUCUUAUUAUCAGUAUGCAGAGAUUGACCCACGAGCUUCAGUCCCAACCCCAGGUCCAGGCGCCUCCAGGGACAGGAGUGACCCUUAUCUUACCCAAUUGACCGAAGGAAGACGCCGACCAGCCAGCCAGCCAUGGGAUCCCCAGGGCUCUUAG